AUGGCUCACAAGUUCGCUUCCUUGGUCUUACUGUUGCUGGCUUUGACCACUGGAAGCCUACAAUGUAGUACAGAUACAGAUUGCAGCCUCAAUGGGGUUUGUUCGAGGAGAAAUGGGCAAUGUGUCUGCGACGCAGGAUGGCGUGGAACCGAUUGUGGCGAGCUGGACGUUCAGCCUGCGAAGCGGGACAAUGGGUACAAUCGAACAGAUGAAAACAUCUCCUCUUGGGGCUCGAAAAUCAUCCAAGAUCCCCACGAUAAGAACCUCUACCACGCGUUCAUCGCCGAGUUCGACAACCACUGCGGUCUGGACUACUGGUCACCAUACUCCCGCAUAAUCCGUGCCGAGUCCCACAGCGGACCCGAUGGACCGUACAUAUUCAAGCAGCAAGUCGUGGAGCAUUUCGCACACAACCCAACCGUGGUCUAUUCUCCUGCUGACCAGCGGUACUUGAUGUACUACAUCGGGUGUCCGCAACCCAACGUCAACGAGACGUGCAAAAGUCCGCAGUUUACCUGCGGGCCUGGUAACUACGUCAACGGCGAGAGCGGGAUCAGCGUGCAGAAAAGCAAAGACUUGCGCAACUGGGAGUUUGUAGACCAAGUCAUUCAAGGCAAAGACGAUGCAAGCUGGAAUGCGGACUUCACGAACCCAAGUCCAUGGCCAUCAUGCUCUGGUCAGCAGAAGAAUCAAGGCGGGUGGCCUUGGGGAUUCGGAUGGGGUAAGCCGAAGUGCAAAGACAGCGACAUCCUCCUCGCCUAUAGAGGUUGUCCCUACAACUGCUCCGGCGCCGAGCAAAUCUCCCUCGCCUCUGCCCCUUCCUUCUACGGUCCCUAUACCCACCUCAACAACGACGAACCCAUCUUCACAAACGACGGCGGCUCCGAAGACCCCUUCAUCUGGCAAGACAAGCGAGGGAACUACCACAUCCUCGUGCACUCGCUCGAGCCAGAGGGCGGGUUUGGCGGGGGACCGAAAGUCGGCAGGCAUGCGUUUUCGAGGAGUAUUGGGGGGCCGUGGAAAUUCAAUAAUGAGACUCUUGCAUUUAGUACGAAAGUGGAGUUUGAUGAUGGGACGGAUAUUGAUUAUUAUCGAAGGGAGAGGCCGCAGCUGUUCUUCAGUGAUGAUGGGAGGAUGACGCCGUUGUUUUUGACGACGGGCGUGCAGGAGGUGGGGAGCAAGAUGAGUUAUUCGGUUAUUGUUCCUGUUCGAGGAGGGAGGGGUUGGUAA